AGAAAUUAUUCCAAAUGUAUCACUUGGUAAAUUAAGUAAGCUCCGAGGCUUUGUGAGACCGUCGUCUAACCUUCGGCGACACAACAAAGAUGAUCGAAACAUGGAUGAAAAAACACGCGCCGCUAUACACAGCGGCGACUCGACACCCUUUCAUCCUCAGCAUCCGCGAUGGCUCUAUUGAUGUCUCAGCUUUCAAACGUUGGCUGGGGCAGGAUUAUCUUUUCGUGAGAGCAUUUGUGCCCUUUGUAGCGAGUGUAUUGCUGAAAGCUUGCAAGGAGUCAGAUGAAGGCUCUGAUAUGGAGGUUAUUUUAGGGGGUGUGGCUUCCUUAAAUGAUGAAAUAUCAUGGUUCAAGGCAGAAGCUUCCAAGUGGAAUGUUCCAUUGACCACUCUCCUUCCUCAGAAGGCCAAUCUCGAUUACUGCAGUUUCUUAGAGAGCCUAAUAAGCCCAGAAGUUGAAUAUACAGUGGCUGUUACCGCUUUCUGGGCGAUUGAAGCUGUCUAUCAAGAAAGCUUUGCCCACUGUCUGCAAGAAGGCUCUAAAACCCGAGAAGAUCUAAAGGAGACCUGUGAAAGAUGGGGCAAUGAUGGUUUUGGUCAAUAUUGCAAGUCCCUUCAAUCUAUUGCAAAUCGCUGUCUAAGCAAGGCACCAGAUGACGUCGUCUCAAGAGCUGAACGUGUAGUUUUACGCGUUCUGGAGCUUGAAGUUGAGUUCUGGAACAUGAGCCUUGAGGAAAUCUGAUCACAAUUAAGACAUCUGUUGUGUAAAACAUGUAUUAGAGUGUCUCCCAUCUGAAUAACAUGUUUUAGUUUAGUACAUAACAACCAGUGUUUUGUCAGAUAUAAGUUUGUCAUGUGCCCAGUAGAGAUGAUUUCAUUUCAACAGUAUUUCAUCAGAACUAACCUCUGAUAGCAAUGCAGGAGUAUGUGAAUUCUAUGCUGACAGCUGACCUUUUGAUGAACUCUUAGCUAUCUCUAUCUAUGCAAAUUCUCUCA